AUGCUCGUCCCCAUUGACGCUCAUUGUUUCCCGCGCCCGCACACCGUACACGCAUCCACCGCAUUUUCGUCCCAGCCUGCAUCUUCCCUGUUUGCAUCCCCCUCCUCCUCCACCGUCGACGACGACACGUCCACAUCAUCCGACAGCGCCCUCACCCCCCUCGGCUCCGACUUCAACGAUGGCAGCGUGAGUCCGCGAGGCACGUCCCGAAGAAUGUCCCGUGACGACACCGCAACCGACCUACACGUGCUGGCUGCUUCUGCGCCAUCGUACACUCAUCCUACCGACAGGCCGGCGGAGCAAGCGCGCGCCCCACGCGUCAGGAAAUCGAGGCCACGCAUUUCCAGCCAAUGCGCUUUCAUCAACGGUACCACUAUUGAACGUGAACCUGGCGAGUCCGCCAUCGCUGCCGUCAACCGCAUCUGCUCCAAGGAGUACAAGGAAAGCAUCCGCAAGCUGCGCGAGCUUGGGAACCGAAGACCCACGGACAAGACAUCGGACAAAGCUCCAUCUGUGAGGAGUGGUCGCUCCAACACAGUCAGUACCGUCAUGCCGGAGGCUGAGCAAUGUGUGGAUCCAAUGUGCCUCGACCUCGAGAAUGAACGCAAGCCACCUACAUCGCCUUCCAAAAGGGCGGCCAAGCAGGUCGACGACCGUCCGAGAAAGCAACGCUUCCUGUCGACGGUUACCGACGAAAUACGGAAAGACACUCCUGCUCCCAGUGGAUUUGGUGGUCUGCCUGUCCGCCCCGCUAGCGGCAAGAGUACUCCUCUAGCCGGUCACUCCGGAGGUGAUGGUGCGAGGAGGGCUGCUCAUCUUCACAACAACAAAUCUGUCGCACCGCAACAGCAGUCAGCAUUCUGUGACUGGCCUACAGCAUCCAGUGAUGUCUAUCCGGGGCGACGUCGUGUCGGCUCCAUCAGCAGCAGUGCUGCAGACAGCGCCGCGGACCUGUCAUGCGGCUCCGACACCAUGUCUACUCGCGACUACGACGGCGAUCUGAACAUGGAAGAGGCUGACCCAGCGCCGUCUCGCGACUUCGCUGUCAAGCUCCCUCCAGAGAUUGCCCUCUCAAUCUUCGAGCAUCUUGAUGCACGCGAUCUCCUUGAAGCUGAAAAAGUCAGUCCCAAGUGGAACGCUAUGGCACGGGAUACACAAGUAUGGCGCACCGUUUUUCUUCGCAGAUACCAGCGGCAGAUCUUGACAACACCGGCACCGAUUCAGGUCGGUGGAGCUGGGCUUGGAAGACCUAACAGAAAGAACCAAGAGUGGCGGAAGAUGUACAAGGCUCGAGUGGAUCUGGAAGAGAACUGGCGUGCGGGCUCCGAAAAUGCUGGCAAGGCCGUGUACCYUUCGGGACACACCGAUAGUGUUUACUGUGUGCAAUUCGACGAGGAGAAGAUCAUCACAGGCUCUCGUGAUCGCACCAUUCGUGUCUGGGAUAUCAAUACCUACCAGUGCCUCAAAGUCAUCGGAGGUCCCAACACCAAACCGAUAGCCGGCCCCAAGGUAUUGCGAACAGUCGACUAUCCUGCAUUCCACAUGGCGACUGCUAGUGUGAAUGGUACCGCCUACGGCGACAGUAUCUACCAUGUUCCGACCGAAUGGCAUGAUGCAAGCAUCUUGUGUCUUCAAUACGAUGACAAGAUCUUGGUCACCGGCUCUUCAGACUCGGAUCUGCUCAUCUGGGAUAUCAAAACCUACCAGCCCAUCAAGCGGUUACGAAAGCACACCGGGGGUGUUCUGGAUGUGGCUCUUGAUGCAAAGCACAUCGUCUCGUGCUCAAAAGAUUCACGAAUCAUCGUGUGGGAUCGCGAGACUCUCCAGCCCAAGGGCGAUCUGACCGGACAUAGGGGUCCCGUCAACGCAGUGCAGCUUCGCGGACACUUGCUCGUGAGCGCCAGUGGCGAUGGAAUUGCAAGGCUGUGGGACCUCAACAAGAUGAAGCUGAUCAAAGAAUUCAGCGCCAAAGAGCGGGGCCUGGCCGCUGUGGAGUUCUCCGAAGACAUGAAGUAUGUGCUCGCCGGCGGCAACGACAACAUCACGUACAAGUUCGAGACCGACACUGGACGAGAAGUCAUGCAAUUCACUGGCCACUCCCAGCUUGUUCGCUCACUCUGGCUGGACAGCGCCAACGAUCGUGUGGUAUCUGGCAGCUACGAUCUAGAUCUUCGCGUCUAUGAUUUCGUCUCUGGAGAGGAGUUAUGGCGCGGCGAGGAGUGGACCACAAGCUGGAUGCUGGCUGCCAAGUCGGACUACCGUCGAAUCGUGGCGACCAGUCAGGACGGUCGUAUACUUCUUGUCGACUUCGGCAUUUACAAAGGCGCUCCAAAUUACAACUCCCGAGAUGGUAGCACGAUUGRAAAUUUGAGCCUGCUUCGUGGUACCGACCACACCACAGAGGUAGUCUGGCGUACACCUCAGUGGCGGAAAUAG